AACAGGUCCACACGGCGCCGCUGGGAUUUUGUUACCUUCUCCGACUACCAAACUGUCCCCGCAUUUGGUUUUAAUCUAAACUGUGUACAUUUUCUGUGUGGAGGGAGUUGAGGAGGGAAUGAGUAGCAGGAGAAACCUACCGUGACUUUUGGGAGGAGAAAGUGUCCCCCGGUGCCAACAGGGCAGAGAGCUGCUGCAGCAGAGCGGAUCAUCACUGGAGCUGAGAGCAACAGCUAGCCUACUGCUGUAUGCUGCCUCGGAAUAACACCACGACGACAAGAUGGACCUGAAGCUGCUCUUGAUAUCCACAUUGCUAGGAGUCUUUUGUUGCAGUAAUGCUCAGAAAGAGGGGAACGAGUGCAUCAAUGCCAACGCCAAAUACUGCGGAGAGUGCAUCCAGGCCGGAGCCAAAUGUGGCUGGUGUAAAGACCCGGAAUUCCUGAAACAGGGCGAGACGGUGUCGACCCGUUGUGACGAGGUGCAGUCUCUGAUAAAAAGGGGCUGUGAUGAAGAUAUGAUCGAGAACCCACGCGGGGAACAGAAGACCCUCAGGAACAAAGCGGUGACCAAUCGCAGAAAGGGAGCAGAGAAACUGAAGCCAGAGGAAAUCACUCAGAUCCAGCCCCAGAAACUCAGCCUCACACUGCGAUCUGGUGAGCCCCAGUCUUUUGACUUGAAGUUCAAACGGGCCGAGGAUUAUCCCAUAGACCUGUACUACUUGAUGGACCUGUCCUACUCCAUGAAGGACGAUCUGGAGAACGUCAAGAACUUGGGAACCAGUCUGAUGCUGGAGAUGUCAAAGAUCACCUCUGACUUCAGGAUAGGUUUUGGUUCCUUUGUGGAAAAAACGGUCAUGCCAUACAUUAGCACCACCCCGGCCAAGCUGCUGAACCCGUGCACAGGCGACCAGAACUGCACCAGCCCGUUCAGCUACAAGAACGUCCUGAAGCUGACCAGCGAAGGCAAGAAGUUCAACACCCUGGUGGGCCAGCAGCACAUCUCUGGAAACCUGGACUCUCCUGAGGGGGGAUUUGAUGCCAUCAUGCAAGUGGCUGUGUGUGGGCAUCAUAUUGGUUGGAGGAAUGUGACUCGUCUGCUGGUCUUCUCCACCGAUGCUGGCUUCCACUUUGCUGGCGAUGGCAAACUGGGUGGCAUCGUUCUGCCCAAUGAUGGAAAAUGUCACCUGGAGAACGACGUGUAUACCAUGAGCCACUACUAUGACUAUCCCUCCAUCGCUCACCUGGUUCAGAAGCUGAGCGAUAACAACAUUCAGACCAUCUUUGCAGUCACAGAGGAGUUCCAGCCUGUUUACCAAGAGCUGAAAAAUCUGAUACCAAAGUCUGCAGUGGGCACUCUGUCUGCCAACUCAAGCAACGUAAUCAACCUUAUUAUAGACGCUUACAACUCUCUCUCCUCUGAGGUUAUUCUGGAGAACAGCAAGCUUCCAGAGGGAGUGACCAUUGCCUACACGUCCCGCUGUAAGAACGGAGUGGUUAGUGAGGGCGAAAGUGGACGGAAGUGCUCCAACAUCUCCAUCGGAGAUCAGGUCAUGUUCACAAUCAGUGUAACAUCUAAGGGCUGUCCCAAAAAAGACAAGCCUGAGACCAUCAAGAUAAAGCCCCUGGGAUUCACAGAGGAGGUGGAGAUUACCCUCAACUUCAUCUGUGAGUGUGACUGCAAAAAGGACGGCAUCAAGGACAGUCAACUCUGCCACUUUGGUAACGGCACCUAUGAGUGUGGAGCCUGCAAGUGUAAUGAUGGACGCGUGGGCAGACAGUGUGAAUGCAGCAGCAACGAUGUGGCCACAGAGGACAUGGACCGGACCUGCCGUAAAGACAACGGCACAGACAUCUGCAGCAAUAACGGAGACUGCGUGUGCGGCACAUGCGAGUGCAAGAAGAGAGAAAACCCUGAGGAGAGGUACAGCGGCCAGUACUGCGAGUGCGACAACUUCAACUGUGACCGCUCCGGAAACAAACUGUGUGGAGGGCAUGGACGCUGUGAGUGCAGAGUGUGUGUCUGUGAACCCAUGUGGACCGGAAGUGCCUGUGAUUGUUCUCUGGACAACAGCACGUGCAUGGCCAGCAACAAGCAGAUCUGUAACGGCAGAGGAACCUGUGAAUGUGGCUUGUGCAAGUGUUUUGACGCCAAGUUCCAGGGUCCCACCUGUGAGACUUGUCCUACCUGUCCAGGAGUCUGUACUGAACACAAAGAGUGCGUCCAGUGCCGUGCGUUUGGCACCGGCGAGAAGAAGGAAACAUGUGAGAAAGACUGCAGCUACUUCAACAUGAUUAAAGUGAAGGACAGGGACAAGCUGCCCCAGCCCAACGACGCCUCCUACCCUGUGAUGCACUGCAAGGAGAGGGACGCCAACGACUGCUGGUUCUACUACACCUACGCUGUCAACAACAACACAGAGAAAGAGGUCCAUGUGGUGGACACGCUGGACUGCCCUGCCGGUCCUGACAUCAUCCCCAUCGUGGCAGGCGUGGUCGCAGGCAUCGUCCUGAUUGGCUUAGCCCUGCUGCUCAUCUGGAAGCUGCUGAUGAUCAUCCACGACAGAAGGGAGUUCGCCAAGUUCGAGAAGGAGAAGAUGAACGCCAAAUGGGAUACGGGUGAAAAUCCCAUCUACAAAAGUGCUGUCACGACUGUGGUCAAUCCCAAAUAUGAAGGAAAAUGAUGGCGUCAUGGUUUUCAAUGAACUCUGCUAUCAAGUAUCUGACAACUGCAGUAUUUACCGCAGGUUUGGGCUCUGGGGGGAACCUGUGGUGGAAUUUAUGUCAUUUCUUCUUGUUGCUUUACCAUUAUAAUGUACCAUGCGGCCACUGCAUCUGUAUUUUUACUAACACUUAUGAUUUAUAUGCAUUUGUUGUAUUUUAGAUGUACAGUAUACAGUAUGUGUAUAUACUUUUAAGUUGCAUAUUUGCAAAAAAAGAUGACAUGAAGGUGUUUUUUUCCUGCCACAGGACUGGUAUGGGCAGAGGAUUUAGCUUUUUAUGACAACACAAUGUGGACACUAUGGAUAUACAAUAUAUGUACAAGAAUUCCUCAGCUUCUGUCUCUUUCCCACACACUUCUCUGUCUUCUUGUCUCUCUGUGCACUGACUUCCUGUGUGUCUUUGUGUGUUCCAGACAGGACCUGAGUUUAAUAUGUAAAUUGUCAACCAUAGCAGCACAUCAUGUCAAUGUGUGUAUAUAUAGAAAGCAACUGCAAUAGGAAUAUAUAAAGUAAUAACAUGUUGCAUUCAACUUAGGGCUGGGCGAUAUGGACCAAAAGUCAUAUCCCGAUAUAUUUAGGCUAAAUAUCUAUAUACGAUAUAUAUCCUGAUAUUUUUAUUGCAAAGUGAGAGCAAAUGUUCAGUCAAAGUCAAAUAUGACAUGUCACAAGUUCUUUUAUUGAAACCGUUUAUUUAAGUGAACAUAAAUACUUCAUAACAGCAGGAGUACCUUUUUAAAAAAAAAUCAAAGGUCCAUAAAGUGCACAUUUAAAUAAAAAUAUAUCUUAAAUAAAAGCUGCAGCUUGCCUGGAGCAAGGAUCACAGUGCACAAUUUGAACUAUAUCGAUAUGCAAUAUGGUUUGAUUCUAUAUCACAUUAAAAAAAUAUAUUGAUAUAUAUCACCCAGCCCUAAUUCAACUUCGAUUGGACAUUAUUGUUGAAUCACAGUAGAUUGUGCAGUGGUUGUAUAUGUAGUUUUAAACUGCAGCUCAGAAACAUGUUUUAUUGCACUCUCAUUGAGCAGGGAGACCGGGGAUGGUUCCAACUCUUAAAACUGGCAUUGCCAUUCAAACAACAUAGCAAGAUGGUCAGAUUGGCAGUUAUUUUUAUGUAUAUUGUUCCAUUGCAAAGAACUGUGACCGUUGUAGCGGGCUACUUCGGCUAAGAGUGGACAGCAGCUCCUGAGACGGACAAGCUAGCUAGCUAACUAUCCACCUGCUUGUUUCUGGAGCUGCCGACACACUUACGCCCACCACUGAUGUAAAGUGUGUUAUCACUGUCACUACCCGAUCUGUACAUCCUGCCCGAUCCGUUCUGAGCAUGUGCAACUCUCCACAGAGAUAUGGAGAAACUGAGAUGCCUCACUCGAUAGCUAAUCAACCCCUGAUAAGACUGUGUUUAAUUCAGAAAGUUAUUGACUUUUGGUUAACACUUUACAAUUACCAUCUAAGUGAUGUUUAUAGAUGGUUUAUAAACCAAUUAUUAACCAUUUACAAAGUGCUAUACAUAUUUAAUAUUUAAAUGUUUUCAACCAAUUUCUUAAAGGUAUAUGAAGCAUUUCGAAAUAAUUUACAACCUUAAUAUAGUGUUAAAAAUGUUAUGAGAGCAAAACUAUUAAUAAACUAAUAAUUGUAAUUUAAUUGUUUGUUCAUGGUGAAGUAACUAUCAAUUCCAUUAAUAUACCAUCUAUUUGCCAUUUAUAAAUGAUAGUUCAACAUUAAUAAAUUAUGUAUUUACCAUUCUAAAUGGCCUAUAUAUGUUUUAUAAAUGAUGAUUAAACAUUAAUAAACCUGGAACUGUAAGAAUUAUUAACUUUAUUGGGCCUAAGAUGGAUAAGCCAAAGGAAAUAAAGGCAAAUUUUAUUAUGACCUCUUUGAAUCUCGCACCGAACACAUACAAACACAUAACUCAAACUAACAAUAAAACUAAUGAAAACUAAACUAAAACUAGAAAACUAACUGAAUUUGAAAACAAAAAUUCACAACGAAAUUAAAACUAAAAUUAAUGAAAAAUCCAAAACUAUUAUAACCUUGAUCAGUACUAAUCAAAAUAUAGACAAAAAAUUAUUUUAUGCCUGAAAAUCAGUGUUUUUUGCUGUAAAAUCUGCACACUUGAAAGUGAUCUCAUGACUCUUAGGUCAUCUCUAGUUGGUGAAAGCGUCGCUGUAACAACCAUCCCUUUGUUACAACCGUCCCUGGUCUCCUGCUGUUGUCUAUUCUAUAGAAGUAAACACACAAGAUGAAGAUUUAUAUCAACUAUCAUUAUUUAAAUUGUUGAUAUACUAUCACAAAGGGACUGUAUACCACUUGUUAAAAUUAUGAGAUUGUGGCGAUGUUGAACAAUCAAAGCAUUUGUAUAGUUAUGAUACAAGUUGCAAUGAACUAAUGAAAUAUUGCUGUACUUGCUAACUGCGGUAACUUUAUUACUCAUUCUCAGGUCCUUUCCUGUGUUCUUGUCAAGUACGCCAAAAAUAUGUUCUAUGUCAGCUUGUUCCGUGAAAUGGUGAACUCAUUUGUGUGAG